CACACACACACGCUCUCUCCCCGCCCCUCUUUCCUGACUAUAUGACUGUGACAUAUUUGAAUUUUCUAUUUUAUGUUCUAAUGGGCUAUGGGUGUAAGGACAGUUGAAUAGAGCCAUGACAUCUGACACCGCUGAUAGUAAUAGCACCCCAACUGUCAUUGCCCUCCUCUUCAUAUGGGUCAUACUUGUUCUGGCUUUGGUGUACUUCUAUAAGAGACUAAAUGCUGACACAAAUGGACAGUACACCAUCCAACGUGCAGUCUUCUCCGAAGGCGGCCUGCGAGACCGAUUGAGACAAGGAGUUGGGUUUGUCGAAAACAGAUUUGGUGUUAACAUCUGGCCUCGACCCCGUGAUGAAGAUGAGGAGGUCAUGCAAGGUAAUGACAGAGAGGACGUGGAGGAGGAGGAUGUUAACGACAAACAGAAUGAAAGUCAUGCUGAUGAGGAUGGAGAACAGGAAAGUGGUGAUGCCAAAGAUGAUUCUUCGGAUGACUAUUCUAGCAUUGACCUGAGGGAGAGGUUAAGCCUGAGGAAAGAGGACCAGAAAAGUGUUACUGAGGAAGAGGAAGAGAAGGAGAAACAAAAUGAGGCAGCAGCAGGAGAGGAGGCUACACAAAGUGAAGAGGUGAAGAACGAAGAGAAAGUGGGAUUGCUUAUAGACCUCAAGCCAUUUGCCGGUAGUGCUAUUUGGUCUGAGGAGAACAAAGAUGUGGGAAAUGACUUGACUGCUUUAUGAAAAGCACAGAGAUGAGCAGAGACAUGGGUUUAGAAAUGAAUAGGCAAGAAAACAGUUGCCUUUGCCCAGUGGGUUCAAGUGUUACAGAACAGUUUUGUAUGUAAGAAUAAGUUUAACAUUUGAGUAAAUAUGGUACACAAUAACACACCAUUAUUUUUGUAAGCUGUCAGUUUUUUCCUCUUUGUUCUCUUUUUCUGCUAAUGCUGACUAUUUGAAAAUACAUUUUAAGUAUAUACUUGUUUAACUUUUUAUGAGAUGUAAAUAUGUUUACAAUAAAAAAAAUUUCAUGUCAAUGAA